AAAGGAUCUUCUAUUCUCAAUUCAUUGCACAUUUUAAGAACAUUACAUUUUCAGUAACCAAACUAGUUCCUCUUUUACUAUAUCCAUAACAAAUGGCUUUUUCUAAGCUUCUACUUUCACCUCUUUUGCUAUCUUUUCUCAUUCUCCAUCUUGUUCAUGCUCAACAGGAACCACUGGUACAUUCCCAAACUCAGGUUUCGCUUCAGCAGCAGAUAGACUGCAACGGAGCAUGUGCUGCGAGAUGCCGUUUAGCAUCUCGGCAGCACCUCUGCCAUCGGGCAUGUGGAACUUGCUGCAGGCGCUGCAACUGCGUGCCACCGGGAACUUCCGGUGGCCAAGAAGUGUGUCCAUGCUAUGCCAACCAAACCACCCACGGAGGCAGACGCAAGUGCCCUUGAAUAAGUUGAAUUAAUCACUUCCAUAACCAACUUAUGCAAUGCAACUUAUCUAUGUGUGUGUGGAGCAAAGACUUGUAGCUUUGUGUAAAAUAAAAUCUGGUUCUAAUUCAUGUUGUAUUUUAUGAUAAUUUGCAGUGUGUGUUUAUGAAUGUAAUUUAUAAUAAUUGCAUUGCGAUCAUAUUAUUAUUGUGCUUUAUCUAUUA